CGUCGGCGUGUUCUUGCCCCUAGAUGAGCCGUUCAUGAACGACACAACCUGCAGCGCGGCGAUGCAAUCCUAUGGGACCAUUGUUCGCUGGAGUAUAUUCUGCGAGCAAUUAGACAGCCUCUGUCCCGCUGAAGUCCCAUAACCAUGUUCACAUCGAAGCGCAAGCCUCGCGCGAUCCGGACCUUUGGGACCGACGAUGGCGACGAUGAGCAUGGAAAAGACGCGCCAAGUCAACAAUCGCAGGAUGCGGGGCGCGGCGAACCCGCCAAAGAAGGCUUAUCCACAACGACCACGGUACCGGUCAAGUUCACGAAACGUCCGUUCAAGCACUCGUCGCUCCGUAAGAGUAUCAACGCCGAAGAUGCUGCCGCCCUAGCAAGCAACCUCGGUCAGCCUACAGAAUCCGCGCCGGCACCGGCUCCCGCGACAGCCACAGCACCAAGUGGCGGCGACGAGGAAGAUGACCCCAUCGUGGUGAAGUCAUCUCUCAGCCGUGCCGGAUCAACAAAGACGAAAAAGAAACGGCUGUCCAGCAGGCUGUCUUUCGGCGGCGACGCAGCUCCCGGCGGGGAUGAUGACGCUGGCGCGGGCCCCUUCACAACCCCCAAGAAGUCGGGCCUGUCAUCAAGGGCGCUCGAGAACAGCGCUCUGAGGAACCGCCUACCGAUCGGCAUCAGACAGCCAGCAACUAGCAGCGGCCAUGCCGCCGACGAUGAUGACUUUCGACCGCGCUACAGCAAAGAGUACCUCGACGAGCUGGCCAACAGCACCCCCAACACGCCGCGGGACAUCUCGACGCUCAAGAUUAGCGGCGACUACGAUGAGGCGAUGGAGCUGGACCUCGCCGAGCUCGACGGCGCUCUCGUCGUGCCGAGCGGCGAGCUGUCGGGCCUGCAGCAGCAGCGGCCAAACCCGGAUCCCGCAGGACCCGUCGUGCUGACCGAGACCGAGAUCCGCGAGCGCAAGGAACGGCGCGCGCGGCUCGCCCGGGAGGAGGACUUCAUGUCUCUUGAUGGCUCGGAUGACGACGGCGACUACAUAUCCCUCCGGCCCAAGUCCAAGAAGAAGGAUGAGUCGCGGCUCGUGGCCGAGGACGAGGACCUGGGCGAGGGCUACGAGGAGUUUGUCGAGGAUGGCGGCCUCUCACUCGGCAAGAAGGCGGAGCGCGACGCCCGCCGGCGCCGGCGCGCCGAGAUGGCUGAACUCAUCGACGCGGCCGAGGGUGACGGCGGCGGCGGCGGCGAUGGCGGUUCGAGCGACGGGGAUGACUCAGAGGCCGAGCGCCGCGCCGCCUACGAAGAGGCCCAGACCCGCGCCGGCAUGGAUGGCCUGCAGAGGCGGAGCAAGGAGGAGUCCAGGGGCGGGGGCGGACGGGGGACGGGGGUUGCCGAGAUCCCCCGGCUCAAGCCCCUGCCCGACCUGGGUGAGUGCUUGGCCAGGAUGCGGGAGGUGCUGCAGGGGAUGGAGAGGGACGUGACGGCCAAGCAGCUGCGCAUCGCCGACCUGGAGAAGGAGAAGUCGGAAAUCGCAGCGCGUGAGGCGGAGGUCCAGACGGUGCUGGACCAGGAAGGAAACAAGUAUCACACAACGCCGGGAGCCUCAGACUUGCCAAUGCCCCCUAGCAGUGCCACCCAAUCGCCGUUGAGGCCGUUGCCGACUGGGUUUGGUGCCGACACUCCAGCCCAGCGGGGGUUGGAGAGCUUCGGGACACCCACCAAGCGGCCAGAUGCAGAGGACGCCGGUUAGAGCCAGCAGUGGCAGCUGGGUUCGAUAUCACACAGAAAUGGCAUUGAAGAAUACAGUAGAUGACUAGAGCAAAAGAGAAAUGGCAGUGAUAAUCAUGGCACAACCCACGAGGCGCCAUGUACAAAGUUUCCCCCGGGACGCCGAAAUGAACCAGGUCAACGUGGCAGUCUGUAGCAGCCUCGGAAAUCCCGAGCCGC